CCUCCCCGGGGACGCGAGUAGAAAAGCCGCCGCCGGCGCCCGCCCCCCUCACUCGGUUACUUCCAGCGACUCUUCGCUUGUCGGGAGAAGUAACGUCCCCGCCCGCUCGCUACCUGCGCCCGCCCGCCCCGCAGCAUGGAAAUCUGUUCUAAGGUGCAGGAAAUCUGACCAGAGAUUAGUUCGCUAACUACAGAUCCAAAACUUACUCCUUCAUGAACCCAGACAUUCAGAGGCCAUGCUGUGACUCAAAAGAUCUCCUGAAGCACUGACGGUAUGCUACUGGAGAUUGGACCAAAGGCCCUGAUAUCAUGAUCUAUAGACAUUGAAGAUGGAUGCUGCCCUUUUAAUACAGCGAGAGGAGAUCCUUGUUCCAAAGGGCAUGGUCUGACCCAGAGCAAUGAGCGUGAGUGUAUCUCUAUCCACGUCGGCCAGGCUGGUGUCCAGAUCGGCAAUGCCUGCUGGGAGCUCUACUGCCUGGAACAUGGGAUCCAGCCUGAUGGCCAGAUGCCCAGUGACAAGACCAUUGGUGGAGGAGACGACUCCUUCAACACCUUCUUCAGUGAGACGGGCGCUGGGAAGCACGUCCCCAGAGCCGUCUUUGUGGACUUGGAGCCAACGGUCAUAGAUGAAGUGCGCACUGGGACCUACCGCCAGCUCUUCCAUCCCGAGCAGCUCAUCACCGGCAAGGAAGAUGCUGCCAACAACUAUGCCCGUGGGCACUACACCAUUGGGAAAGAAAUCAUCGACCUGGUUCUCGACAGGAUCCGCAAGCUGGCCGACCAGUGCACAGGUCUCCAGGGCUUCCUGGUCUUCCACAGCUUUGGAGGUGGCACUGGUUCUGGGUUCACCUCCCUGCUGAUGGAGCGUCUGUCCGUUGACUAUGGCAAGAAGUCCAAGCUGGAGUUCUCCAUCUACCCUGCUCCUCAGGUCUCCACCGCAGUGGUGGAGCCCUACAACUCCAUCCUGACCACCCACACCACCCUGGAGCACUCGGACUGUGCCUUCAUGGUAGACAACGAGGCCAUCUAUGACAUCUGCCGCAGGAACCUGGACAUCGAGCGCCCCACCUACACCAACCUCAACCGCCUUAUUAGCCAGAUCGUGUCCUCCAUCACCGCCUCCCUCCGAUUUGAUGGUGCCCUGAAUGUAGAUCUGACAGAGUUCCAGACCAACUUGGUGCCCUAUCCCCGUAUCCAUUUCCCUCUGGCCACCUAUGCCCCGGUCAUCUCUGCUGAGAAAGCUUACCAUGAGCAGCUUUCUGUAGCAGAGAUCACAAACGCUUGCUUUGAGCCAGCCAACCAGAUGGUGAAAUGUGACCCUCGCCACGGGAAAUACAUGGCCUGCUGCCUGUUGUACCGUGGGGACGUGGUUCCCAAAGACGUCAAUGCUGCUAUUGCCACCAUCAAAACCAAGCGCAGCAUCCAGUUUGUGGACUGGUGCCCAACUGGCUUCAAGGUUGGUAUCAACUACCAGCCUCCCACUGUGGUUCCUGGCGGCGACCUGGCCAAAGUGCAGCGGGCCGUGUGCAUGCUGAGCAACACCACAGCCAUAGCUGAGGCCUGGGCUCGUCUGGACCACAAGUUUGACCUGAUGUAUGCCAAGCGUGCCUUUGUUCACUGGUACGUAGGGGAGGGGAUGGAGGAAGGCGAGUUCUCGGAGGCGAGGGAGGACAUGGCUGCCCUAGAGAAGGAUUACGAAGAGGUUGGUGUGGAUUCUGUUGAAGGGGAGGGUGAAGAGGAAGGGGAGGAAUAGAUUAACCCUCUUAAAUCCCUGCAGCAUGUCCUGUGUCCACAAAACUUCAUCUUAAAACACUUUGCUUACUUGUUAACUAGGGAAGGGCUGGAUGGUACCACAAUGGUAUGAAGGAGCCUUUAAGGAGUACAGCAAUCUGACUAGUUCCCACUGUUUCAGAAUUUGAUCAUGUCAGUUUUCCAUUUGUCUUUGUAAACAUAUCAUGUCUGAAAUAAAAAAAGGCUUUAAAAAAACAA